CUCUUCUCCAAACAUGCCCCACCUCCAUCCCACUCGUGUCUGCCGCCUCACCUCAAAGUCACCUUCCUAUUCAACUAUCCGCUCACGAGCUGUACAAAUCUUUCCUCGCGCUAUUAAAUCGUGUCCCGUCGUCAGAGGCCCUUCGAGAGCUCUCCACCAUUGUGCACCGCGAAGGAAAGAAGAGUGUGUUUGGCCUUACCUAUCCAGCGAACGGAACGACAAGAUGGCGCCGCAAUUAGACUCGUACUUCAAGACCGUGGACGACCUGUCUGAUGCCUUCAUUGAGAGGCUUCGCAAGGCCGUUGCCAUCCCCAGCAUUAGUGCAGAGGACGAUAGGCGGCCAGAUGUGAUCAGGAUGGGCAAAUUCCUCGCCUCGGAAUUGACAGCACUUGGUGCGGAGGUCGAGCUUCGAGAAUUAGGCAAGCAACCGCACAAAGAGCAUCUCGACCUACCUCCCGUCGUCGUCGCACGGUACGGAAACGACUCGAAGAAACGCACUAUCCUCGUCUACGGUCAUUACGAUGUACAGCCCGCUGGAAUAGAGGAUGGCUGGGCGACGGAGCCGUUCACGCUCACGGUAGACGACAAAGGACGGAUGUAUGGCCGUGGAAGCACAGAUGACAAGGGACCAGUGUUGGGCUGGCUGAACUCCAUCGAAGCUCACAAGAAGGCUGGCAUUGACUAUCCUGUCAACCUCCUGAUGUGCUUCGAGGGCAUGGAGGAGUACGGUUCAGAGGGUCUGGAUGACUUCAUCAAGGAGGAAGCGAAGAAAUACUUCAAGGACGCCGAUGCUGUCUGCAUCUCGGACAACUACUGGCUUGGCACCGAGAAGCCCUGCUUGACCUACGGUCUACGCGGGUGCAACUACUACUCCAUCGAGAUCUCCGGGCCCGGCCAGGACUUACACAGCGGCGUGUUUGGCGGAACAGCACAAGAACCCAUGACCGACCUUGUAAACGUCAUGAACACGCUUGUCAACAAGGACGGCAAAAUCCAAAUCAAAGGUAUUGACGAACUCGUUGCCCCGCUCACCGACGACGAGAAGGCCCUCUACGGCGACAUCGCCUUCACAAUGGACAAUCUGUACGAGUCGCUCGGUAGCACAACGGGCAUCUACCCAGACAAGGAGCGCACUCUGAUGGGCCGCUGGCGCUACCCCUCGCUCUCCCUUCACGGCAUCGAAGGCGCAUACUCCGCCCCUGGCGCGAAGACUGUCAUCCCCGCCAAAGUCAUCGGAAAAUUCAGCAUCCGUACUGUUCCUGACAUGGAGAUCGACGCCGUCAACGAGCUUGUCUACAAGCACGUCAAGGACGCCUUCGCCGCUAUCGGCUCGAAGAACAAGUUGAACGUGUUCUGCCAGCAUGCUGGCAAGUGGUGGGUUGCUAGCCCAAAGCACUGGAACUUCACGGCGGCCGGCAAGGCGGUUGAGCACGUAUGGGGCGUGAAGCCGGAUCUGACCCGUGAGGGCGGCAGUAUCCCGGUCACGUUGACGUUUGAGCAGGCGACGGGCAAGAACGUACUGCUGUUGCCCAUGGGAAGCUCCACGGAUGCUGCACACAGCAUUAACGAGAAGCUGGACAAGAAGAACUACAUUGAGGGCAUCAAACUGUUGGGCGCUUACCUACAUUAUGUGGCUGAAGAACCGAUAACUUCGUAGAUGGGCCGGGGGGUGUGAGACAUCGGAAUGAUGAAUAUCACCACAAGGACCAGCCAUUCUAUGGCCGAGAUCAAGUCAGAGGAUGUACGAAGUCAUGAAGAGCCUUUUGUUAGACUCUAAUUAUGAUAAUGAAGACUGGUGGAUGCUUUUGGCUCGGCCGGAAGCGAGAGCGUAUUUGAGUCUGCAAGGUGCUCGGUUUGUAGGAAUGCAAAUAUCUCCUGAUACCAUCGACUCCUUUUGAACAAUGUCUUGAUUUUGCAUUGUCUGAAUUUUUUUACAGCCACUGAAGCUCCUCGUUGCCCACUUCUAUCACACGAAUUUUCCGAUGCGACCGCAUCGGUGUCUUUUUCGUAGGCGUGGUGUACACGUCGUAUGUGCUCAACGUAGUCACGUUUUAUCACUGAAUAGGGGCCCCUUACCCCCUCACAUAUUUUUCCA